AUGUCUUAUAAUGUUACACAAAUAUUUCAAACAUCAUCAGAUCAUGCUAAAGAUGGUGCAUUUGCAUUAGGCAUUAUAUAUCUGGUAUUUUGUUUAACUAAUUUAGUUCUAUCAUCAUAUAUAACUCGAUCAUUAGGU